CAACCCACUCUCUGCUAAUCGGCUAUGGGCGACAAAGCAGAUUCAUCCAACACUUCCGGUAAAACCAUACCUUCCCUUCACCCUGUUUACACCGUGACAAAGAUCCAAAACAAAGUCCGUGUUCUAGACGGCACAAAGGUGACCUAUUCUCAAUGGGUCAAACUUUUUCAGUUGAACGCUCGUGGGUACAAAGUGCUUGAUCACAUAGACGGCACUCUUCCACCGGCCGAAGGAGAUCCCACUCGUGACCAAUGGCUUGAGAUCGAUGCCAUUGUAUUACAGUGGAUUUAUUCCACUGUUUCUGAUGACUUGCUUGGAUGACAAGUCCACGGCCCUUGAUGCGUGGAAUCGCCUAAAGAAGAUUUAUCUUAAUCAGGCCGCUGCUUUGGAGAAAACCUUCACUAAUCUGACAUUGAAAUCCAUGCCCUCUCUUCAGGCGUAUUGUCAAAAGCUCCGCGAACUUGCAGCCCAACUUGCGGAUGUUGACCAACCCGUGUCCGAAAGCCAAGCCGUCUCAUCAUCCAACUAGUGAGCGGCCUUCCUGCUGAAUAUGACGUCAUAGCCGCCCAGUUGAAAAAAGACUUGCCACCGUGGGAGGAUGCCAUUAACCUACUUGAUGCCGAAGAACGCCGCCAACAAGCCAGACAAACUCCUGUUGUUGCAGCCGCUGUACCCAAACCUACACAGCCACCAUCGAAUAUGGCUAGUUCAUCGAGUGCACUUGAUGUUUCUGCACGAACCGAAGACUUGAAGUUUGUGCACGCAUCAAAUGUUAAUGUGUCCAACUUUGUUUCAGUGAAGCUUUUGGGGCGCAGCAACUAUCGUAUCUGGAAGGCUCAGAUGCUCUGCCUCAUAGAGAGUCAGAUGUUGCGUGGCACCAUUGAUACCAGCUUUCCUAUACCUGGGGGUAUGAAGUUCGACAUGAGAAAACGAUACGACACACUUGUCAGAGGUUGGAUUUUCGGUUCUAUUGACGAAAAUGUACUCAAGGACAUGGUACUUAUCAAAUCUGCACGACAAGUUUGGAAGACAUUAGAAUCCAACUACGAUCCAUCUAUAGACUUAGCACCCGCGGGCUCUUCACCAGAUUUUAUGGUCAGAACAGAAUUUGUAAGAGUUCCAGAAAUCGCAAGCACGGAAAACCUCACACGAAAGAUAAAGUUGUACGAAGCUACCAUGGAAGGACGUUGGUGGAAAGCAAAAUCGAUAUUGAAACACCAUAAAGAUGCAGCUACAAAGGCAAUCUGCGAAAAUGGCAACACAAUGCUUCACUUAGCGGUUGAAAUGGGCCACGACUAUUUUGUUGAACAGCUACUGUUAUUUUUUAAGAACGGAGAAGAAGUCGAAAAGAAAAACAAUGCUGGCCGAACAGCACUUCAUGUUGCUGCCCAGGUUGAUAACACAUAUGCAGCCCAACUCUUGGUUCAGAAUAGGGAAAAACUGUUGUCGAAUCUAGACUAUAAAGCACAAUCACCAUUGGAUGUUGCUUACAACAAUAUGAAGCUCAACACAUAUGCUUAUUUGUUGAAAUUCACACCCCAACAUUUAAGCAACUAUCCACGAGCCUAUCAGCAAAAUGCUGUCAAAUUGCCAUGUUGACGAAACGAUAUGACUUAACUUUGGUAUUGCUAAACAAUUUUCCUAAGUCUGUUAUGGAGGAUGACCAGAUAUUGAUGACAAUAGCUAAAACCUUUCCAACCGAUCUUGGCUUCACGGAAUCUUCUAUCUAUCCAUCUUUAGACAAUGUCCGUCAAAGAAUAGUCGUGAGAGGUUCUAUGCUAUUUCAUUAUGAUGAUUUGUUUAAUUGUGUCGAAGACGUCAUCCGGGUUGCUAAAAGCUUUAAAAACACAUGUUGCAGCUGGUUGGGGAACUUCUUUAUGAUUUUACUUGUCCCAACUAUAGCCACCCUCUAUCCAAUAUAUGCGUUGUUUUGUCUUCUCGUGUUGGUGCUUCGUUUCCCCUUCUCUAUGUUUUAUUUCCUUCUGUGGAAGGUUUUAGAAAUUAUAAUGUCUCCAAUCAAGAAUAUAGAGAAGAAGAAAAAGGAGUACAAAGAAGCGAAGAAGAUUUUGAGCUUGAUAUGUGAUCAGAUGGGCGCAUCAAGGUCUAGCUACUAUCAACCAAUUCUUGAAGCCGUACGCCAAGAUGCUUACCAGGUUGUUGAUGAAAUUCUAUAUUGGGCACCAGACACAAUCAACUGUAAGGAUGAAGAAGGCCACAAUGUUAUUCAGUUAGCAAUAAUAAAUCGUUCAGAAAAAGUUUACAACCUUAUCCGUCACAUAGUUGAGCGUAUAGAGCCUUAUAGAACAAUAAAAGAUUCUUCUAUGAAUAAUCUGGUGCACUUGGCUGGAAAAUUGGCACCCUCAUUUGUACUUGGUCGCACUACAGGUGUAGCACUUCAACUACAACGUGAGCUCCAAUGGCAUGAGGAAGUGAAGAGUUUAAUGUUACCUUUAGAACAUCAACAAAAAAAUAUGUAUAUGGAGACACCAGCAAUGGUGUUCGAAAGAGAACACGCGGAUUUGAUGAAGCAAGGAGAAAACUGGACGAAAACAACAGCGGAAUCAUGCAGCAUCACUGCUGCAUUAAUUGUCACCGUCGUAUUUGCAGCAGCAAUCACAGUACCUGGAGGAAGCAAUCAAGAAUCCGGCAUCCCAUUGUUGAAAAAACAAAUUGCCUUCACUAUCUUUGCUGUAACCAAUGCAUUCUCACUAUUUACAGCCGCUACCGCACUAUUACUAUUCUUAUCAAUCCUCACUACACGUUUUUCCGAAAAAGAUUUUCUGGUCAGUUUACCAAGAAGGUUGAUUUUUGGUCUUUUCACAUUAUUCCUCUCUACAACUUCAAUGGUUGUAGCCUUUGGUGCAAUCUCUUACCUUGUCUUUUGAAUGUUGAAUGGUCUUGAUUGAAACUAAAACUAAACGUGCAUAAAAGAAAGUUGCAUAUACAUACUACAUAAGUCUAAUGACAAAGUGAAAGUAUCUCAGCUCGUUUGUCGCAUCCCCUUACCAUAUGGAAGUAUACGAUCUCGCCUAUAAA